AUGCAGUCGGCUGUAAAACAUUAUUACAACAUUAACAAGUUCCUCGUGUCGAAACUUGGUGGCUGGCCAAGCCAGAGUAAAUUUAUGAGAAUACUGGCGCCGACUAUAAUAACGUCAUUCAUUUUUAGCAUCGGUUUUCUCGAGGUAAGUGGAACGUUAGAAAUGUACAGAAAAGUGUUCGCAAUUACUGUUGGUGAUUUUCAGUUCGUAAAAUUUUCCGAAACUUGGAGAACUUUAACUCAAGAUUGCGAGUGCUUCAUCGUGAUAUUGAUUACAAUAGGCGGUUACAUCAAACUGUUCGCUUUAAUUUUUAAUAAAAAAAAUAUAGAACGAUUAUUGUCUCUCAUUGAUUAUCAUUGGACUGUUUUUACGCAUUCCACGGAGACGCCAAUUAUGCACGAGUACGCUAUGAUAGGAAGAAUGAUGACGAUAAGUUACUCCGUUCUUGUUUAUUCAUUGAUGAGUCUUUACAUGCUAAUACCAGUGACGCCACAAUUAUUAGAUCUUGUCAAACCUCUCAAUAAAUCGCGCCCGUACAAGUAUCUGUUCGAUAUCGACUACAGCUUCGAGAGAGAAGAAUAUUAUUAUUUCGUAUUGCUUCAUGCCUACAUAACAACUGUAGUGACUAUGAGUAUCAUGAUAACAGUCGAUGCGCUCUACAUGGUGUUCGCAGAACACGCGUGCGGUCUGUUCGCAGCUAUUGGAAGUCGACUUGAAGCUCUAACUCCGGGGAGAAAUUCAAACGUAAGUCGUCUCGUAGAAACUACUGCCACGUAUAAAUUGGCAGAUUACAUAGAGAAAGAUGAGAAAUUGUAUCGCGAGAUAAUAGUAGUCUUGAAACAGCAUCAACUGACUAUCGAAUAUGUCUGUCUGUUAGAUUCUUCGUUCUCACUGACGUCAUUUAUAUUGUUGUUUAUUAAUAUAAUUGUUAUAAGUCUUCUCGGAAUUCAAAUACUCUCAUUGUUGGAUCGUAAAGAGGAAAUGACCAGAUACGUGGCGAUGAGUUUAGGUGGUUUUAUGCAUCUUUUCGUUUUGAGCUAUCCCGGCCAGAGAAUAAUAGACCACAGUUCAGAAGUAUUUCACAAAGCGUACAAUGUUCUGUGGUACAGAAUGCCGCGAAAAUCGUCGCGAUUAAUAAAUAUGUUGCUUCACCAGUGCCUUACGCCUUGUACAUUGACAGCCGGCAAGAUAUACGUGCUAUCGAUGACUAAUUACGCAUCGAUGGUGCAAGCGUCCAUGUCUUAUUUUACGGCCUUAUCAUCGUUCUCCUAAUUUGUGUGUGACAAGAUACUAUAAAAUAU